AUGUUCCAGUAUGACUCUACCUAUGGCAAAUUCAACCCCACAGUCAAGGCUGAGAAUGGAAACCUUGUCAUCAAUGGGAAGUCCAUCAUCAUCUUCCAGGAUACUUAUGGAAAUGUUAAUCAAGAUUACUUUGAAUUUCAUUCUUACACUUCUCUGAAUGGCUAUGCUGGAGAAAUAAAAAGGCCAACUGAAACAAUUCCAAAAACAUUAGUUUGUGGUCUAUCCAUUGUGAUUGUGUUAUACUUACUGACUAAUAUAUCAUACUUGACAGUUUUGACAUCCCAGGAAAUCAUCUCUUCAGAUUCUGUUGGUGUCACAUGGAUGAGCAGAGUCUUUCCUUCCCUGCAAUGGAUAAUUUCUUUGUUGAUCUCAGCUUUCCUACUUGGCUCUGCUUCUUGUGGAAUAGUUGCUGCAUCAAGAUUAUUCUACUCUGCAAGUCAAGAGGGACAAUUUCCUUCUAUUUACUCAAUGCUUAAUGGCCAUCACUCUCCAGUUGUAGGUGACAUCCAGAUUGUUAUUUUAUCUUCUGUUGCAUUAAUAUUUUCAAGUAUGAUCUAUUUGGUGAAAUAUGUUAGUCUUGGAGCAUCAUGUAUAAAUUUGCUACAAAUGAUCGGGUUGCUUAAGUUAAGGUACCAGAACCCUGACCUACCAAGACCUUAUAAGGUAUGGCUGCCAUGUAUAUUUGGAUCUAUAGCUUUAUCACUUUUUGUCAUUUUCGCACCAGUGAUUCAGUCUCCUAAUAUAGAGCAUGUAUAUCAGGUUAUGUUUCUUUUCUGUGGACUUCUGUGUUACUGGCUUCAAGCUAAACUUAAUGGACAUGCUGUUUGUUUUGACACAAUCACUUGCUACUGCCAACUACUUUUCAAUGUCUCUCCAUCUGAAAACCCAGAAAAAUUAAUUCCUUCUCCAAGUCCUGACUAA